CCAAAUCUCUUACAUUAUUUUCCUGUCCAAUGUCCAUUACGCUUUCUACUUUUGCUGGAAACGAGAAUCUUGUGACUUCGAUUUUCUUCUCUCGGAGUUCCAGAAGUUUAGAGUUGCUUUUUUUUUUUGUUUUUUCUGUUCUCAGCGUUUAGAGUUUGCUUUCAUUUAAAGGGGAUUUUGGCUGUGUGGGAUUAUAUUUUCGUUGUAACAUAGGCCUUCGUUGGUUUCUGGGAAAAAACAGAGGAAAGUUAUACGAAGCGGGUUCUUUUGCUAAAAAAUUCCUGCGAUUUCCGCCCAAUUUACCCUUUUUUUUUCUCGAAAACCUAACAGAGAGAGUCGAGAGUUUUUUGGUGGCUAAAGCAAGUCGUGAGGACAAGCGAUGGCAUUUGAGCACUACUACGCCCAGGAAUGGAAAUCUAUCCAAGGUGUAGCAACAGACUCGGAAAAUACCAAUGCGUGCUUUGACUGCAACAUCUGCUUAGACUUUGCAAAGGAGCCAGUGGUCACUCUCUGCGGCCACCUCUACUGCUGGUCUUGCAUCUACAAAUGGCUCCACGUCCAGAGCGCAACCCUUGCCCCUGAUGAGCACCCUCAGUGCCCAGUUUGUAAGGCUGACAUAUCUCAUACCACCAUGGUCCCGCUCUACGGCCGGGGCCAAAUCCUAAACGAGGCUGAAGACGAAGGCAAGGCACCCCUUAGGAGUAUGGUGAUACCACCUAGGCCAGCCGCAUGCGGCUUUCAAUCUCUGCUUUCUGCCAUGCAUAAUACUGGUCAGCAGCUUCCAUAUCGGAAUCCUUAUCAAAGUCAGCAAUUUGACUCUAAUCCAUAUGGCAGCCAUGAAGAGAAUGCUACAUCUCCAUGGCUUAAUCUAGGAGGAACUAGUACAGGUUUCCAGCAUCCGGUCGCCGGCAUGUUCGGGGAGAUGGUUUAUGAGAGGGUAUUUGGGAACUCAUCAAGCUUGUAUACAUAUCCAAACUCAUAUCACCUAAUGGGGAGAAGUAGCCCUAGGUUGAGAAGGCAGGAGAUGCAAGCGAACAAGUCUCUGAACAGAAUUUCAUUUUUUCUUUUCUGUUGCUUUCUUCUUUGCCUCAUAGUCUUCUGAUUCUGUAGAUUGGGUUACCAUCCCCCCACGUUUCGUUGUAUACUAGUUUGUAAAGAGUUUGAAGCUUACGAACGUGAAUAUCUAUCAGUAAUAUACUAGAUUUGCUUCUAGCAUUAACUUAGCUUUUCA